GAAAGAUAUUGGUGAAUGGUGUCGGGGUAAUAAACACAAACACUUUGCAAAUCUAACACAUUCUAUAAUUUCAGUCGUUUUACAUGGCAGUGUCAAUGUGAAAGUGAAACUCAGAAACCUAAACUUUUCAUAGUUAAAAGAGCAUGUGAUGAAUGAAUACUUUUUCAUUUAAUUUAAUUCCGCUUAGGAGGCCCUAACAUCAAACAACUAUGCCGGGCAAGGUAAAGGUGAAGAUUGUGGCCGGACGCAACCUCCCGGUGAUGGAUCGGUCUAGUGACACGACAGACGCCUACGUCGAGGUCAAACUGGGUAAUACGACGUUCAAGACUGACGUCUGCCGGAAGUCACUUAACCCCCAGUGGAACUCAGAGUGGUACAGAUUUGAGAUGGACGAUGCUGAACUGCAAGACGAGCCACUGCAGAUCAGACUGAUGGACCAUGACACGUACUCAGCCAAUGAUGCUAUAGGCAAGGUGUAUCUAGACCUCAACCCCCUACUGUUGCCUCCUGCUGGCUCCACUGCCAAGGCAGCUCUGGCUGACGCUACCAACAGCCUCUCUGGGGAAGCCCUGCUUGUUGUUCCAGGCAACACCAUGUCCGGGUGGUUCCCAGUUUACGACACGAUGCACGGGAUACGUGGCGAGGUCAACGUCAUCGUUAAAGUUGAGCUGUUCUCCGACUUUAACAAAUUCCGACAGUCGUCGUGCGGAGUACAAUUUUUUAACUCCUCCACUAUCCCAGCAGGAUACCAAGCUACGGUAGUCCACGGGAUGGUGGAAGAGUUAGUAGUCAGUGAUGAUCCAGAGUAUAAGUGGAUAGACAAGAUCCGCACACCGAGAGCCAGCAAUGAAGCUCGACAGACACUGUUCUUCAAACUAUCGGGUGAAGUACAACGGCGCAUCGGCCUCAAAGUACUCGACUUUGGUGGAAAUGCUGUCAUUGGCUACUUACAGUGUUUUGACUUGGAGGCAGAGUGUGGUAUUGUAGUCCGAGGCCUAGGCACAGCAGUGACUCUGGUUCGAGUACAAGAACCUUCUCAUCCCCUGCCUUGCCACUACGCGGAAGACCUCGAUAACCAAAUUGCUCCUGUUUUCAAAAACCCCGUCCUGAGUGUGAUUCCCGCCUCUCCUCUCCGCCAAACCCCUCUGGAGGUGAAACACGUCAAAGGCUUCCUGGCUCCUGGUAGUCCGAAACCUCGGAGGUCCAAGAGUCCUCAGUUGAUGCAACCGUUCAGUGAGUACAAGCCCAAACGGCUCGGCUCUUACGCUCGGAGCUUCAGUGACAAUGUGCCUCCUUGCGAUAAUGUUUCCCUCAAGGUGUUGUUUGAACAAGAAGACAUGAGAGGCGAAACAGUUUCUAGCCACAAGAAGAUUUUUGAAAGGUUGAGUUCAUUUCCAAAAAGGAAAUUCAGAGCGUUGAGGUCCAAUUCGACUGGAAAUUUCUCCAAAAAGAUUCCGUUCAUAAGGUCUAAAUCUGACAAUGUGGCGUCCAGUUUGAUUCGUUCUAUUAUGGACCCGAACGCUUUCCUAGACCGUGUGCCAGAAGGGGAAGAGGGAGAGUCAAGACACUCUGAUGCGGACUCUGUUAUUCAUGCACUCAGAUAUGAAGAUGGACAUUUGGUGCCGAUUUCAUCUUCAUCGAGCGACAGUUCCGACAGUGACGUCGGCGACAUAUCUGAUGUAUCGUCGAUGAGCUCUACUUCUAAAGAGUACACAAAAAUCGAAACAGACAGAAACAAAUGUUUGAAAGCGUUGGCAAGCAUUAAUAAAUCAACGUCUAUUGACAAUAGCAUGGCAUCGAGCAAAACUGAUGAGGAGGUUUUUGAAAAAGAUGGAAUCAAAAUAAAUAACAGUAUGAAGCCUGGCUUUGCCUCUUCUGUACAUGUUGUUUUAACUCCAGACAACGAUGUUGAGAGUCAUCAGUAUUCGAGUUUGGUUAAGUUUAAAGACUCCCCGUCACCUCCUCCAAAGCAAAAGAAUGUGUUAACUUCCCUGCUACGCCAAGACAGUUUUGAUGUUAACUCCGAAAACCGGCGUAAGCGAAGUGAUACACCUCCAUUGUCAGAAAUGGACCCCUUUAUGAAAUUUAGUUUCGAGGGUAAAAGUCGUUACAAGGAGACGUUUUAUGGUAGUAACACUCCUGUCAAACGGGUUUUUAAGCAACCAUCACUGGACGAUGAGUUAAAAUCCUGUUUUGUCACCAACCUUUCCUACCCAGAGAGUGUUCGGCAUCUGCCUACUGUAUCUGCUGGCCACCUCACUAGUCAUAGAACUGUGCACACCAUCGAUGUGUCUGAUAGAUCUAGUCCUGUGAGCUCGCUUGUAGGUAGUGUUGAACAGUUUGAAUCUAGUGUGUCAGCUUCUUUAGAUGUUCCUAAAGGUUUGAUCGCUCUCUGCAGUGAACCGAAGAGUAAGCAGGAAGAUGAUGUUGAUAAAGCUUUCAUCGCACAGACUGAAGAAAAAUCACCCACUGAAGAAUUGCCAAAAACAAACGAUACAGUGGAUAAGAUUCUAAACAAUCCUUUUAAAUUCCCCACUGAAGCUCCGAUAGAUAAAAUUACUCUUAUUGCUGAACUCACACAGCAGCUCAAUGAUUCUAAUUCUAACAGUGAAGAGUUAAGUAAAAGAGAAUAUGAUCUUUCUAUCACUCAGUCUCAAUUUCAUGAAAGUGGUAUGGGCUUUAAUGUUAGUGAACAGAAACUACUUGUAGAUCCUACUAUAUUGACCCAUAAAGAAUUAUCCUCAACCGAUGAAAUAGAAUACAUCAUUGCUAAGUCAAAUUCAAAUAUCGAAUCAAAGGUUAAAAACGUUUACAAUGAAGGUAAAAAGGAUGACAUUGAAAUCACUAAACAUGAUGACAAAUCAGAAACUGAAGCAGAAGAUUCUGUGGCAGAAAGCAAACCGGUUCCAGUGUUGAAUCAAGAACUUUUGGAUCAGCAGACCUCUAAGAAAAAUUCAACAGAUGAUAACCUCUCAGAAUCUUCUGUUGUUACAGAACAUUUGGUUAAAAAUAAUCAGGAUGAAACAAUUUUGUCUACUGAAAGUAAUCUGACUAAAUUCCUUUUCAAGGGUAAAGCCGAGUUGAAAGAGACAAAGACUUUGACUGAUGGAGAUGAAAAUACAGCUGAAGAAGGAGACAGGCUAAACACUAAACGUAGGGAGGAAAAAAUCCCUGAUGGAGACAAUAAUACACCUAAAGAAGUAAAUGUACAAAGAAGUGAAUGCACUGAGGAAAAGAUGAUUGAGAAUCCUUUGCAAAUCAUUUAUAAAGAACAGGAACCAAAUGAACCUUCUAAGGAUAACAUCGAGGUGAAACCACAAGAAAGUUCUGAGACUGUUUCAAAUACAAAGUCGACAACGGAAAACAAACAACCAUCACGUCCGGAAGGUUUAGAACGCCUAGCGGUAGAGAAUAGUGUGAUGACUAACAGGUAUGAAACUAACCUAACCCCUCCCCUACUCCCACUGGUAAAAAGUCGUAGUGCGACAGGCUUGGUUGAACCCUGUAGUGUCCCAACCCCCAGGACUGUUCCGGAAGAUGCAGCGACUCCGGGAGUUGUAACUCUCAAGUCGUCCCAGAGUCCGAUCAAGUUCAACCACAACCACAUGCCAGGGAUACAUCGGAGGUCAUCGGACUCUGAUCUUAGCAUCACACCGAAAGGAAGCACACGGAAGCGCAACAGUUUGACGAGCAGUGGGGAUCGCUCGUCCAACGCGGGUGGCUACCGUAACCUUCAGCCACUCUCUAACAAACUCGCUAUGAAGAAAGAACCACUGGAAGUGAUGGAGUUUCCUUUCCUCACUAUGAUGAAGUUCCCACCUGGAUUUGUUGUACAUAUUGCUGGUACAGUAACCUCUCGCUCAGUCAAGCUGCUGGAGAGAGUUGCCAAUCAAGAGGAGCCGGAGAGUAGAGAUGCUUGGUGGAAGGAGCUGCGGCUGGAGGUGCGAAGUCACAUGAAGGCGAUGUCAUGUAACGCUGUCAUUGGCUACUCUGAGAACACCACUAUCUGUGAUGACGUAUGUGUGUUGAGUGCCAGCGGCACUGCGGCCGUAGUCAACGUCAAGCCAGUGUUGGUUCCCCCAGUCAGCGACACACCGGAGCCCCCCGUUGUAACCAAGCCCCCCGUCACGGCUCCCCCUAUCUCGGCUCCCCCCACCAACACCAGCAUGACCACUAGUCUCGACCGCACGGACUUUGAACGAACCAGUUCCUUCUCACAGUCUACACCACUGAAACCCGACGGUGGAGGGAAUAAAGCGAGGCAUCACUCUGACAGUUUAGAACAACCAGACAGUUCUACCAACGGGUGUGCCUUGUGUCAUCUUCCGUUCAACCCAGCCUCUGUGCCACUGCCCAUGUCUACGAUACGUUGUGCGGUCUGCAGCAAAAGGAAGGUGCCAGACCUGUUGCUGGCAACAGUGGAGCCACUAGAAGGCCUCCCUGUUAUUGGCCGUACGUGUUUGAUCCAUGUGUGUGUGACCCGGCCCAAGCAGCACGCCCGGGGGGAGCUGAACGCUUGCGUCGUCAGCGACAGUCUCCCCUUCAUAGAGUAUGACAUUUACAAACAGCUCGUCAACAAGCUCAAGGUUAACGGAAUGAAUGCUGUGUUUGGACUGAAGACGCAGAUAUGCCUGGGAGAAAAGCUGAUUGCCGCAGUGACGUCAGGUACAGCUGUGUAUCUAGAGCCGCUGCCUCCCCCGUCCAUGCCGUCCAUUACUGCAGGGGAGUCUUGUGCUGCGGACAGUAAACUAGCUACUGUACUGCGGGGACUGCAGGAUACUGUCAGGAAGAACAGGGAGUUCUACCAGGUCAAGACAGCAGGCACCAGUCAGGAGUCUGGUGACACUGCAGCGGAUGGUGCAGGUUCAGACACAGAAGAUUCAGAUGAUGAUCUGCCAGAUAUGGACCUGCAUGCUGGCAACAAGGAGGCUUGCGUCUUUAUGGUAGACGACGAACAAGACAUGGAGGCAGUUAGUCAGCUGAUUGACCCCCAUCCUCCAGAGGGCUUCUUUGUGACGGCCACAGAGACUCUUCCGGGUCUUGACGAGCUUGAGGUAGUGAGGAACCUACAGAUGUUCACACAGAUCUGGCGCUCUCGACUACCGGCCACACAACCUACCUCGUCCAUGCACAAACACUUCCAUAGGCUACUUCAGGGUAUUUAUUACAAAUUGAGGAGGAUGACUCCAUGCGCUGUCGGAAAUAUAAAAUUCCGUCUCGCUUUGCCUGAACCCGAUGAGAUGCAGAUCUCUAUAGUGGGAAUGGCUGUAGGUCUAGGAGAAAUGAUAAAAAAUGUGAAAUCCGUCCGAAGAAGAGCUGGAACACUUGGGGCUUCCAGCAAACCCGAAUCUCUAAAUACCAGUAAAAAGUCAGAUGAUGGUGACAUGAUAUUUUCUCUGGAGGAAGACCAAGAAUCAAAUAGUGCUCAGUCUACCAAGGCAGCUAGGCCCAAGUCCCCUAGGCCUACUCGACAGUCUACUCAUUUGCCCCCCAGAGAGCGCUACGGAGUUGACCUAACACCGUUAUCUUACGUUCCUGGCGGACACAUAGAAAGAUAUCUGGGGAACCUCAAUUUCUUCUUUAUAAGAGAAACUUCAUGCAUAAGAGAGGGUGGUGGAAUGAGUGGUUUUGUGCACAGUUUUGUCGCAGAAGUGCUCGCCAUCAUCAGGGCCCAUGUGACGGCUCUGGGAGGCAACGCUAUGGUUGCGUUCUUCCUCAAUGAGUGCAUCAUACUCAACAAUCCCCACAAAAAUCAUGGUCAAUGCCUCAUCAACGUAGGAGGUGACGCAGUGUCAGUUUCGUACGUUGACUGACACCACGCCACGCCUGUUCCCAGCUAGCACAGGCGCCUGCUGUCGUACAAAUAGUUCCUUUAAGUACCAAAACGAAUACCAAUCAUGCAAACGCAAUUAUUCAGAGACUUGUAAUUGAAAAACUGGCAAUCAAUGUAUUAUUGUGUUUGUGUCAAUAUUGUAGAUUGAAAAUUGGUCAAUGCACUUUAAUGGAUUGGAUCAGAAUAUGUAAUUGAAGUACUAAACCAUGUAUUAUUAUGUAUUAUUUUUGUUGAAAUUUUUAGAUAGAAAAUUUUUUGUGAUUGAAAUUGAAACGUUAUCAGAAUGCUGGUUGAUUUAUUGUCAAGUUCGAUUUGUGUAAUGUAUGUAGAGAAGGCCGUCUGAAAUCAUCUCGUCCCGAUUUCAAAAAUUAAUUAUCAGAGCUUAUUUUUCUAAUUAGUUGUAGAGCUUGAAAUUUGUUUUAGCGAAUUUCAUAAUAGGAAGGGGCUAUUGAGUUUAUUCUCUUCCCACUUAAAAAUAGUGAUGGUGAAACCAAAAAUUAUGAAUCUAAAAACAAAAUCAAAAUUCAAGAACUGAAAUCUGAUUUAGUUACCUGCCUACUUGUUUAUGGUUGUGAACAAUAAAUCCAGUUAGUCCAAAUAAAAUGCUUUAAAUUGAUCAUAGGAUCCAAUUUAAAAAAAUACCUGGGGAGCAAUUUAUUAACUUUACAAAAAAAAAUGAUCAAGCUUGUCUAGUGGUUAGAGUGCAGGACUUCAGUUCCUGAGGACCCAGGUUCAAAUCCCGCCAAAACACCAAUGGAUUAUCUAAGUGAUAAUGCAGCAACCCCUAGGUCUAGCCUGAAGUAAUGUGAAAAACAAUCCCAGGCCCGUGAGUAGCGUCUUAGGACAAUAAAAAAAAUAUAAAAAAUACCAAGCAAGUUUAUUUUAUUUUUUUAAAGUCUUCAUUGACAAAUACACAAAUAUUUUGAUUGGGAAUAAAAGGAGAUCAAUAUUUUUAUUGAAAUGAAUAAGUGGGAUUUCUGUUAAAAACAGUAAUCAGUUUCUAAACAUCUUUGGCGUUGUUUUGAUUACCAAAACAUGUUGAGCGAGUCUCAACACUAAAAACAGUAACAAUUGUUGGUGGUUUUCGGAUUCAACUUUUGGUUUUACACAUCACUUAUUUAAAACGUAUUUCCCUAAUACCGAUUAAUACUUAAUUUAUUCAUAAACCACACGUAAAAGAAUCAACAUUAAUAUCACCAAUCAUUGAGUCACAUUUUCGUAAACUCGUAAGUAUUAUAUUACCCUGCAUUUUUGCGUUAAGAGCUUUUUAUUAUCUUUUUUGGAUACUAGUUUAAGUACCUGUAUUUCUUGGAGAAAUGUGUACUAUAAAUAAAAAAAUAUUAUGUGCUGUAAAAAUGUUUGUUGUAAAUAUGAAACAAGGGUGCCAUUAUUCAAAUUGUUUUGUUAAAUUUGCUGUUAUUGAAUCAUUAGUUAUCUAAGAAGUUCUACAUUUACUUGAAAGUUUGUGCUCACUUAGGAAAACAAUCAAAUUGACUUUAAGACUUGGUUGACCCCUACAAAUUGGUUGAAUAUCUUUUAGCUUUCAAAUUUUCCCUGCUCAAUAUUGCGAUGUUAUUGUUUGUGAGAAUGAGUUAUUGUUUGUAUAGAAAUGCCUGUUUUUAGUUCUAACGCCCCUCGCUUUAGUAAUAGUUGAAAAGGCUUAAAAUGUGCCAAAACUAAUACAGUUGUACUUUUGUGCGAGUACUUAAUUUUGCCAUUUAUUUUUAGCAUUUUAGAUUAAAGUUAGUUACGGUAGAGCGUCCCUGUUAGGUUGUCCUUACAAAAAAUCUUCUAUGAACACAUAAUAAUUAUUUUCUAUUUAGUUUUUAAAGUUUAGUUAAGGGUAACUAUCAGACUUAUACCUUUUUUUAGAUAAUCAUUCAAGCAUUAAAUUUCAACUCAAUAAUAAAUUAUUACAGUUAUUAAGUAAGUUUAUCAUAAAAUGCUACUCUAAAUAUUUACAUUCAAUAUGUAUAAAAUUGUUAGAGGACUAUAAGCAAAUUAAGCUGUAUACAUUAUAACAUCUCAGAAAUUUACCUUGUAUAAUAAAUUAGUUUUAUUUUAAUAAAUACACACCGAUGACAAUAAGGUACGGUAUUUACCUACGGCCGUUUUUUUAAAGUAGCCAUUUCAGUUCAGUUCAUAGAAUUGAAAAGUUCCUCUUAACAUCAUUCUUUACUUUCAUAACAGCAUUUUACUCGUAACAACACGGGUAACAGACCAAUGAGGUUCGUGGAUUUUAGAGAGAAAAAGUAAAAUUGUAAUGAUUUGAACUUCAACCAAUCAGCUGUUUAAUUGUUGAGUGGUGCAAUUAGUGUUUCGUACAAUGUUUCGUUGCAUCACUGUCAGUGGCAAAUAAGAGGUUAUAAACGAAAACAUAACCUCUCUUAGAAGUUAUGAGUAGUGAUUAUUAGUAAUUAAAAACUGUCGUAGGUAAAGUAGUGCAACUCACGUAAAUAGUGUUAAUGACACUCAUAGAAGUUUAUAAAUUUUCUAAUCGUGUCAUUAACGCAAUCGUUGUGUAAACUACUAUAAGAAGAGUUUAACGAUUAUUUAUUUAACCUCAUUAAAUUUUCAAACGCUUAAAUAUAAUUCGUACCUUCUACUAAAGCCAAAACUUAAAUGUCAAUUAUUUGAAAGUUAAUGGGGUAGGGUAGUUAUUAAAAUAAAUAUAUUUAAUAUAAAUUUGUAUUCAAAUAAAUUCAUAGUUAAAUUAUUUCGUGCCUUAUUUGGAAGAGCAAUUAUAUUUAGAAAAUAUGUGUCUAGUAAUGUUAGUUUGGCCACAGUACUUCAAAAAACUUACUUUUAAAUGUGCUCAAUAUUAUUUAUCAAAAUAUGAGAGUGGUUUUCUCAUUGUAGCCUCAUUUAAUCUGAAUUACGGGGCCGAGACAGCUGCGGAUAAUCAUUUUUAUUAAUCUUUGUGUGGUAAAUAAUUGUUACUUUUAAAUAAAAGUAUUGUGUAUAGUCUUUAAAACUCCCCUGGUGUAUGCUGACACCAAGGAGUAAGGUACAGGGGAAACAUUCAAUGGUACACUUCAGUGGUGUCUAGGGCAAAGUCCAACACCACCAUCCUAGCCCUCUUGUACUACAAUGCUCACGGUGGAGGAUGACCCUGUGAAAUGUGUGAUAGGAAUUCCCGCUCAGUGUUCGUCACUCUGGCUCUUCCUUGGACGUCACAAGUAUAUUUCAAGCACAACAUAAUAGAGCUGAAAGUACACGGUUGUCUCAUACCUUGUCUAUAAGAUUCCUGUUCUUCACUUCUCUGAGGUCAAACUCAAGUGCAAGGCCAGUGACCUCUGAAGUGGUUUUGGUCCAUUUUGAAUUAUACAUUUAGCCACUCUUCCAGAGAGAUAUUCAUCAUUUUAUUCCUCCUAAGCAUCUUGGUUAGGCAAGGCUAUACUACUGUAUUAGUUUUUCCCGAUAAGUUCUAAUAAGUAUUAGUUUGUUUGAAGGCUCACAUGAGCGAGUUGUAAGACUGGCUAGAAGCAGUUACAAACAGCAAGUUUUUUUUACAGGGUGACACAAAAAUGCGUAGCCGACUUAUUGAACAAAUAAUUGAAUCAAUUAUUCUUAUUUAAGGUGUAUAUUUUUUUAUUUAGUCUCAUUUUUUUUAAGAAAAACAAAUGCUGCCAUUUUGAAAUUUAAUUUUUUUUUUUACCUUGGGAAUUUGAAUAAAAAAUUAUUUAAGAAAGUAGUACGAGAUGGCGGAUUAUGGCUAAACUAAGUCGAAAUAAAAAAAAUGUUACUGGAUAUAUUUUACUCAUUUUGGUUUGUGGAAUCUUUUGCAUAGCCCGCUACAUUUUAGUGAUAUCCUGCAUAAAUGUGUACCAACUACUGUAAACAUGUCUCUGUCUCAAUGUACACACAAACCUGUUGAAAAGUAACUGCCAAAAUUAAAGUGUAAAAGUUUUAGCUGUAAAUGACGCUUUAACUGUGAAUCACUCGUAACCGUAUUGUCUUAUUGGCUAAAAAUAAAACCCAAAUCACCUGAGCUACCUAUAUUUACCACUGAACAUUUGAUUUUAAAACGAUUAUAUUAGCAGAAAACUUUGUCUAGUCCUAAUUAAGGAAGCUACACAUAACAUAAUGUAUCUCAUUUUAUAAUUAUAUUUUUGUUGUAUUAUUUUAUUGUAAAGUGUCAUAUUUUGUUUCUAGAAUUAGCAAAUCGUAUUGAAUCUUACAAGGAUCCAUGUUUGUUUUACACGUUUACGUCUCUUGCCUUUUACUUGUUUUGUAAUAGUUCGUUUUUUAUAAAUAUAGAGAUGACAAAAUAAGUGGUCGUCAAUGAAAAAUGUUUACCUAAUCAAAACCACAACAAUAUUCCCAUUUACAGGUGCUUAUAGCGAAAUUAUCUGUAAUGCCAUGUUUAGGAUAAAAAAAGGAACUGCACACAGCCCAUUGUAUGUAAAUAAAUAUACUUUGACUCUCAACAUGUUAUGUACCUGAUCUUGGUAGUCUUGAUCGUAGUAUUAGACCUUUGCUCAUCUAAUUGUACAGCAAACAGCAACAUUGAGAAGUGGCGUAAAAUGAUUCCUGUAAUAUUAAAAUUGUUGCCAAAAACUUGUUUACUGGUCAAAAUUAGUUAGUUACCAACAUAGUAUGCUCUUCUGUUCUUGUUUGAUGCAUACACAAUUUGUAUUUGUAAAAUUAGGUUUGCUGGACUAGGCUUUUAGCCUAUAACAUUUAGUAGAACAUACAAUGCAACUUAAGAUGUGGAUUUUGUUUUUUCCCUCACAACACAACCAAGACGUUUUUUUAUAUAUAAAAAUUAUUGUGAUAUUGUUUAUAGUUUUAAAAAUUGCCAAAUUUUCAUUUUACUUAGUUUUUUUUAUGUGAUACACCAUAGAUUAUAAUUAAUUAUUAAUAUUAGUAGAUUAUACUGAAUAAAGAAAUUUAAGAGCUUAAAAGAUUCUGUUAUUCUGUACAUCUAAUAGUGAAUUAUUGUGAAUAAAAUGGUUUUAACAAUUA